AUGGAAGCACCGGCGAAGAAGGCCACCGCCGGGAAGAAAAGCGUCCAGUUCGACGUGCCGCCGCCGACGACGACGACGACGAGGGAGGCCGAGCGCACAUCGUCCCGCCAGAGGCCGGCGCCCCGCGCGGACCGCUACCUGACCACGGGCCGGCAGUUCCGCCCCGGCGCCGCGGCGCGCGACGUGGCGACCGAGCCGCCGCCCUUCUGCUCCGACCUCGACGCCGCCGCCUGCCGCGAGGAGGCCCUGCCCGCGGCGGACAAGCACACGCGCCGGUCGCGCCAGCAGGCCGACCUGCUGCAGAGGCUGCACGUGCCCGACGACGGCGAGGAGGAGGCCGCCGGCGGCGCCUCGGACGCGGAGUCGGGCAUCUCGCGCCUCGUCCAGGGCCGCCCCGUCAAGGAGAAGCUCGACCUCAGGCGGAUGUUGCAAGCACCCUUUUGGACCAUCGCGGCGAACAAAGACCUCAGUGGAUGUGGCAAGAUUCUUGAAAACGAAUGUUCUCGACUUAUCGUGUUUUGUGCCACCAACUGGUCGGAGUUCACGAAAGUGCUGCCGAAGCUCUUGGAUAAGGCCCGGGGCCUCCAGUUGUCCUGCAUCAGGAUGGACGACAAGAAACUCGCCGGCUAUGUGGCAGACGUGCGCGCCAACCUGCUGGGGCGGCUACAGGAGGGCUACCUGCGCGAUGAGACACUGCUGUUGGACGAGCGGCUGUCGCGGGAGCAGCGGCUGCUGGCGGCGGCCCGCGACGAGCACAGGAGCCACGCCGAAGCCUUCCACCUGGCGCUCGAGCGCCACCACGAGGAGUCCAUGGCGGUGGUGCGGCGCCACGAGGAGGGUUCAGCAGAGCUGCGCGCCGUCCUGGAGCAGCACCGCGAGCUGCAGCGACGCCUGUCGGCCGCCAGGGCGCGCGUCUACGUGCUGGCCGAGGCCUGGGCGCACUGCAGGCUCUACCAGUCCUUCCUCUACCAGGUGAGCCCGGUCACGUGGCGGCAGGAGCACGGGGUCUCCGUGUCCGAGGCGGACCCGGGGACCACCGGCAGGCCCGUGGCGGCCCGCCUGCCCGACGAGGACUCGCUGGAGGCGCUCAUCGGCCGCUUCUCGGCCGAUGUGGCGGGUGAGCUGCGGCCCGAGCUGUGCUUCUCGGAGCCGGACCAGCUGCUGCGCAUCUUCGCCGACAUGGAGCACAAGAACCUCGACUCCAUGCUGCACCUCGAGGCGCUGCUCGAGUCCUUGCAGGAGAUGCAGGACGUCAGGAAGGAAGAGGAGGAGAACGUCCGCAGGGAGGUCGGCGCCAUGUCGGACAGCAUCGCGGAGCUGAAGACGUCCAUCAGGUGGGAGGAGGAGAGGGGACUGGAGCUGGAGAACCACGCGAGGAAGCUCAUGUCCACCACCUUCAAGGACCUGGUGGUGUCCGACGACCUGCUCCGGCUCAAGGUGUUCAUCGAGGACACGUACGAGGCGGUCAUCGCCAGGAACGAGGGCAACCUCAAGAUGGUGGAGAUGAAGACCGCCAUAGAGGCCCGAUACGAUCAGUUGAUGCUGCAGCUGGAGAAGUUCCCGAAGAGCCUGGUGCGGGAGACGAAGCGGGAAGUGUUCUCGGAAGCGCGCCGGCGCAUGAGGGAGGCGCGCUCGGCCGCGACGAAAGCGGAGCUGAUGGAGAGGGUCUUGCGGCGCCUGAAGAAGGCGCUGGAGCCGCCCUUCCGGAAGUCGGGCCGGCCCGUGCACUUCCGGUCGCCGCCGUCCAGGCCGCGGCGCAAGCCGGGUCCCAAGCCCCAGGAGCUGACCCAACAGCAGGAGGACUUCCUGGAGUUCUUCUCCGACUACUGCCGCCACACGGACUCUGUCGGCGCCUACAUACCCGGCUUCUGAUCCCCCGAUCCCCCCAAAGUUUGUCCCGUCUUGCUGAACCGUCCCCGUGCGCUCCAAACACAACCCAUCAAUAUUUUGAACAAGUAGUAAAUCAAAUAGUAAGUACCGUGUAUUGAUUCCAUAUGUUAGCCCAUUUCGAGUUAAAAAAAAAAAAAAAAAACUUAGUGCGACCCUUGUACAAGUUUUGCACUUGAGGUAAAAAAAUAUUACAUUUCAACAUUGCUUAUACGUGCAUAAAUAACUAGCUUGUGUCGUUAGUAUCAUAUUCUAUGGCCAUCCAAUAGUGUGACUCACUUUCCCAAUGUGUUUUGCUAUGUCGCCCUGUUCCAAAUUAUACAUACAUGUAUUUAAGAUAUUUCGAAUUAUUUAUCAUUUGAUUGAUCUAAUGGUCAUCUAGUGUCCAAAGAUAUGAAAAAAUCGAGCCGACUUAUUUGUCUGUAGCGAAAUAAAAAUGUUUAACAUGCACAACGAGUAAAAAUGUAUAUUAAAACACAAA